UCUCUCCAUAAAUGUGUUUCAUUUCCUGGACUUCUCCUGAGGACCCCACGCAACAGCAUUUCAUGUGUGUAUGUAAAACAAUAGGAUCUCAUGUAAAACUGGAGUAAACGUCAUCGAUCAGGUCUGAAAUAUUUCAUGUUGAAAAUAAUUUCAUAUGAAAAAUUUUGUAACAAUAUAAAAUCCACCUGAAGCUAAAGUCAUGAUGUGGAAUAUUAAUAUCCAUUCAGACCUCACAAUAUUCCACUGUCUUCAAACACUAGAAAAGCUAGUGUGUGUGUGUGUGUGUCUCUCACGUGCGCUACCCUAUCACCUAUUCUCCUCACACGUGAGUUUCUCGCUGAAAACAACACGAUCUGGCUUCCCCACACCCUGCAACUCCUUACCACACUACACCCUAAACCCUACAUGUGUGUGAUCAGAGUUGUGUUUAGUGUUUGACAAUGUUGCUGUUUCGGUUGUUGCCAUGACAACUUCAUUCCAUGAAUUCUGUCUCUAAUCCUGAUGUUUAACCCCAAACUCCUAAACGUGUUCACUGGCCCUACACCCCCGUCCCCCUGACCAGCACUCAUCAAACAUAAACCCCCAACAUCUAACUACUGACCUACAAACCAAACACACACAACGUUCUGACGCCGUUAGCAGGAGCGACAUUUUCCUGUAAACCCUCCAUUAACUUCAGCCUCAGAGAUGGAAUCUGAUCAGAAAAACCUUCCUGCCUCUGCUAACAUGCUAAAUUGGUUAGCGUGCUAAAAAACCUAGCAGGCCAAGUGCAGUAAACAGUUAUGUAGAUAGAAACGCAGUGUUGAAGGAUUUGAGAACAUGUAACACACAGAGUUUAUCCACCAUUUGGUCUGAAGAUCAAACCCAGGUGUGAGAAUGUGAACACACAUCACCUCAAGUCUGUGUUUCACCCUCUGUUUAGUAAAAAAAAAAAAACCUGAAUAAUAUCUUUUGGCUUUAUUUUGAGAUGAAUGGUGCUCACGUCUCAGAUUAUGUGUGAAUGGAGCUAGCCUGUUAGCCUGGGGAUUAGCUAACUAGCCCAUCAGGAGAUCAGAUCUCUCAGCUUUUAAUCAGACGUCCUUCAGCCUCUUCCUGGUUUACAGACAUCUUUUUUAAACAAAGCUACUAAAAUAUACUGUUUUGCCAAAAAGUAUUGGGACACGACUUUUCCACACAUUUGUGCUUCUUCCCCAAACUGUGCAAAGAUGUCUUUGGAUGCGGUGGUGUGAAAUUUCACUUAAACUAGAACUUUUAUGCUUUCCAUGGUUGGAGUGGAAGAUCUCCUGCUCCAGAGCUCCAACUUUAUUGAACACCUGUAGGAUGAACACUGACAGCACCCGAGGCCUCCUCACCUUCUCACCUACAUCACCACCUGACUACACUAACACACAUGUAGCUGAAUGAAUCUCCACAUCAUCUAGUGGAACAUCUUCCCAGAAGAGUGGAGUUUAUUAUAACAGCAAAUGGAGACUCAAAAGAACAUAUAAAGUAAAUGUCACGUGUGAUAAACAUAAUCAUGAUAAUGAGAGCUAGUGCUUGAUAAAGACAACGUGACUCAGCCCCAAAGGCAUUGUGGGUAAUACUGACGUGUCUCCUGCAUCAAAAGGAACAUUUUAUGGGGGAAUUUGGGAGUUUUUGUCACACACACACACACAAACACACACACACAAACACUCACAGGUGUGUGUUAUUCUAAUGCCAUCUUGCACACAUGAUGCUUUCCCACCGUGUGUGUACAUCUCGCUCUCUGCAGUGUGUGUCAUCAAACACAGAGUAUUCUUCUUCUGUUUAAACACCAGCAACCUCAUCAUCCUCAUCAAACAGGUGGAGCACAGAAUAAACCCGGCUUUACGUCACACACUACCUCUGUGUGUGUGUGUGUGUGUGUGUGUGUGUGUGUGUGUGUGUGUGUGUGUGUGUGUGAAGUGGUCUGGGGUCAGUAUAUAUAAUGUUCUCAUGCACACUCUCACAUACAGUCAAUUCAUCCAGACUUUGAAAGAGCGAGAGGGAUUAUGCAGGCGGGGGAAUACACACGCAGAGGGAAGGAGAUGGUGGAUUAUAUCUGUCAGUACCUGAAGGAGAUCAGACAGAGGCGAGUUCUCCCAGACGUUCAGCCUGGAUUCAUGAAGUCUCAGCUUCCUGAUGAAGCUCCUCAGGAGCCGGAGUCAUGGGACGCCAUCAUGCAGGACGUGGAGAAAAUCAUCAUGCCUGGGGUUGUCCAUUGGCAGAGUCCCCACAUGCAUGCAUAUUUUCCUGCUCUGAACUCUUGGCCAUCACUGCUGGGAGACAUGCUGUCUGACGCCAUCAACUGCCUCGGCUUCACCUGGGCAUCAAGUCCUGCUUGUACCGAGUUAGAAAUGUGUGUGAUGGACUGGCUGUGUAAAGCACUUGGGUUGCCAGAUCAUUUCCUUCACCAUCAUCCAGAAAGCCGUGGAGGAGGAAUACUGCAGAGUACAGUGAGUGAGUGCACACUGGUUGCUCUGCUCGCUUCCCGUAAAGAUAAAAUCCUGCAGAUGAAGAGCAGAAACUCACCCACGGACACACACACUGACGCCUUCAGUGACACACACACUGAUACGGACGAGUCCAUGCUGAACUCCUCACUGAUCGCCUACGCCUCAGACCAGGCUCACUCUUCAGUGGAGAAGGCUGGAUUGAUCUCUCUGGUGAAGAUCAGGUUUCUGGAGACAGAUGAUAAGUUCUCGCUGCGUGGAGAAACCCUGCAGAGAGCCAUUCAGGAGGACAGGAGGCGGGGCUUAGUGCCUGUCAUGCUGUGUGCUACACUAGGUUCUACAGGUGUGUGUUCCUUUGACUGUCUGGAGGAGUUGGGACCCAUUUGUGCACGUGAGUGUCUGUGGCUCCAUGUUGAUGCAGCAUACGCAGGCUCCGCCUUCCUCUGUCCUGAAUUACGCAACUUCCUGUCCGGAAUCAAAUACGCGGACUCGUUCGUCUUCAAUCCGUCUAAAUGGAUGAUGGUGCACUUCGACUGUACAGCAUUCUGGGUGAAGGAUAAAUUUAAACUCCAGCAGACGUUUAGUGUCGAUCCUCUUUACCUGAGACAUGACAAUUCCGGGGCUACAGACUUUAUGCACUGGCAGAUUCCUCUGAGUCGCCGUUUCCGUUCGUUGAAGUUGUGGUUUGUUCUUCGCUCCUUUGGCCUGAAGAACCUGCAGGCUCACAUCAGACACGGAAUUGAAAUGGCCAGACUGUUUGAGUCGUUGGUGAGAAGUGACUUAAACUUCCAGAUUCCAGCAGAGAGACACCUGGGACUGGUUGUGUUCAGCAUGACUGGAGGAAACGCUCUUACGCAGGAACUCUUGCGCAGGUUAACGCAAUCCGGCAGCAUGUUCCUGAUUCCUGCCGCCGUCGGCUCCAAACUCAUCAUCCGCUUCACCGUGACGUCUCAGUUCACACGUCCUGAGGACAUCCACCGUGACUGGAGCAUCAUCCAGCGCACAGCCAAUGAGAUCCUGCAGCCAGGCCGUUGGCCCCGCCCCCACGCACUCUCACUGGACAUCGAGACUGAACAAGAAACCCUGUGGCAGGAACAGGAAGUGGAGACGCAGCACGAGCCGUCCAUGAUCGAUAAGCACCUGGUGCGUCAGAAUCAGAGACGCGCCAUUCGCUCGAUGAGCUGCAGCGCCGAGCUCCCGCCCACCAGGCCUGACCCCGCCCACGCUCUGAAGGAAGGCCCGCCCUUCGGAGUGUUGGCAAAGAUUCCUGAGAGUCCAGAGGGGCGAAGAGGCACGCAGAAGCGGCUGAUGAAGUUCCACAGCGUGCCGAGUUUACCUCAGGUGUGGGCUCAGUGCGCCAUUCAGCAGCUCUACUGGCCUUUCAGCAAGGCUAACUGCUUCAACUGCUUCACACACUCACACUCACACACACACUCUCACACACACACACACGGCCCACUGCCGACCAAAUAACACACUCACACACACACAC